UGAAUUCGCCGGGUCGCAUGUACCGUUCUCUAGUGCAAAGCCAUAAACGCUGAAGGAGUGAGGUUGAGUGUUUGGUUACUUUAUUCUGUAAUUUCUUGUCGCUUCUCCCCGCUGCACAUUUAAUCGACGUUUCUCCACGCUGAAGUCAUUCGGCAGUUUAUGUCACCACGUUUUAUCAUUGAACUCUUAGUUACCAUGCAAAGAGGUAAGUCAUCAGUAAAUCUUGAUGCAUCCUGGGAAAGAGCAGUGAGAGCAAAUAUUGUCAAUAGAAUCCACAAAAUGACUUGGCUAAAGCAAACUUCUUCAAUGCAGAAACAGAAUACGCGGAGAUUAGCUAACGACCAGAGGGUAAUAUCUCUCAAAAAAACAGAUGAGGAUUAUUUUUGCGGGACGCGAAAAGAAAAAAAAAAAAGGAAAAGGAAAGAGGAGACAGAACAAUCGAUGGAGGGAUCAAAGCUUCAGCAAAAUUUUCUCGAAAAGAAACGAACAGAGAUUAUAAAAAUACCUUCAAACUCUGCUGCUGAUGUGUUCGUUGACGAAAGUGUUUGGUCAUCAGACACUAAUGUUGCCAACAAGUUAUUUGCAAACGUUCAAUCUGUAAGGAUUGACACAUUGACAGAAGAAGAAAUGCUGAGCCAAGCUCUGGCCGAAAGUAUCGCUACUGCGCAAUUAGAGCAAUUUAAAAGAUUGUCACCGAAAAAAGAAAAUCGAUGGGACGCUCUUUACGGAGACCACGACGACGACGAUGCCGGCUGGGACAACGUGCAAAGAAAUAUGCCAUCCCCGAUUGAAAAGGCAAUAAAUAACAUAUCGUGUCAAAGAAAAAGUUUUAAUAACAAUAAUAACAAAAAUAAGAACAACAAUACUUGUCCAAAGUCCGGUAUACUGCGAAAUUGCAAAGUAAACAGUUGCACCAACAGAUCAGAGAAUUUGGACUUCUGUUUCAAAAAAAGAAGCAGUAUGCCCGACGAGGAGAUUAAAGAAAUUCGAUCUCCAAGAGUAGUUGCAUUCAAUGAAUCGAUUGAUGUAAAAAUUGCCUCAAGCGAUUCAGGCGAAGACUGUGAAAGAUCUGAAUACCAUCCAAAAAAAUCGGUCGCAACUUUUCGUAUCAAUGACAGUGAACCACCAAAUAUUGAUAAAUAUGGAAGACUUGACAGGUAUUCUGAGCGUCGACUUUUUAUGGGAAAAGGUGCUAGAAUGAAGGAACAACAGUAUAUACAAAAUACAUGUAGCCUAGGUGUGGGAAACGUAAGGUCUCGAGAUUCAGUACCGAAUAAUACGUCAUCAGCAAAAGUUAUGCAAACUGACAACGUUGGAAAAUCCAAAUCUGGUGAAGAAAAUAUCAUUGAUGUGAGAAGUGUAGGAACAUCUGACCAAACACUUAAAAAACCAUUAUUCGUGAAAGAUACAAAGUCUAGCAUUGUUGAAGAAUCGAAUCAUUCGAUCCUAGAGUCAGCUAGCAAUAAUUCAUCAGCAGACCGGCUCUCGGAUCAAAGUUCGUGUGCUAUUGAUAGUUCCACAGAAUCCAUUAACAACUGUUCAGCCCCUCCAAAGUCAGGGGCAGAAACGUCCAAGAGAACGGAAAGUAAAAUAUACGGCUUAAAAGAGGUAAAUGGUACUGACAAAAUUUGCGACAGAAAUUUUAACGCUAUAAAUAAAGUAUCGAAAAGCACAGAGCCGGAAAAUAUUCACCGAGUUCAAUUCAUAUCAUCGAGUACUCAGACAAGUGUUUCUGAAGUGUCGGAAAAUGGAACCGAAUCAAACGUUCCAAGGAAAAAGUCAACCUACAUGCAAGAUCUGCAAGAAGAACGUAAAGAUCAGAAGUUAGAGUCCAAAAUUUGUUAUUCAGCUGACAAUGUGACUGAGUCAACACUUCAAGGGAAUAAAUCUGAUUCCGAAGCUAAUUACGGGGUAUGGGUUAUGAUGAGGGAAAAUCCUUGCAUGGCAAAUAUUCCUGCAACAAGUUUGCAAUACACAGAUUCAGUUUUUGUCAUUGAAAACCAAAAAUCACCGAGUCCGGUGCCUUCUCAAAAUUCACACCCACGAUGCAUAACAGGUAUGGAAAGUAAUCUUGACCGUCAAAACUCGCUCGCUCUGAACAUAAAUUUCGACGAUACGCAAAACCAGGAUUUGUUAGCUCUGUAUAAUCAGUUUGCACUUCAUGAGAAUGGUCUUAUACAUCAAUUAACGAAUUACAACGCUUACCCUUUACCUGAUCAUUCAAAUGUGGAAAAGGAAAUGCAAUGCCAGCAAGGAGAUUGUGCUCAUUCAGUGAAUCCAAGUGGUACGCAAUAUUUACCUUACCAAAAUGUUUGCCCCAUGAUAAACUCUCCCUAUGGUCCAUUCGAUUACGUGCAAGAUGACAAAAAUGUGUUUUCAAGUACGCCUAUUGACAAUGAGUCACUGUUCAUGAAUAACAAAAUAUUACCGCCUUUUGACCCACAAAUCUACCAAGAAAAAAUUCGAUCUGAAAAAAGUACACAUCGUUGGAUUAAAAAUGACAAACUUCCACCAGGCUUUGCGAAGCAUAGAGCUAUCAGAAAAAAUGAUGAUGAAAACAAUCAAUUGAUUAUAAACUCGUUGGCAGUAAAUAUGAGCGAAAAUAAUAGAGAAGAGGUUCAAAAACCAAAAUCUAUUAGACCACGUAAUGAAAAUUAUUGUGCAGAAAAUCUGCCGAGUCAGUAUACUCAAAACAAUCCUGAUUAUUAUGAUACACGAGCGCAUAGUUUUAGCCCCUGUGCAAAGCAACAAACUCAUAAAUUGCCGACCAGAUUUCAAAAUCAAGGAGCAGCAAAGCGCCCAACAAGCCUACCAAUACCUCAUCCAAUUUUAGGAGCAUCUUUGCACCGUCAAGAACCGCAGGGUAAGAUAAGUGACGUUGACAUUGAACUUGAAAGAUUAAAACUCAAUGGAUAUUCAGAAUCAUGCUGGACUGAUGAAUCGAUAAGCAUACAAAAUCUGAUCGAAAGUAUGAUUCCAUCCAUUUAUAAAAAUAAUUAUCGUGUCCAAGAUGAACAAAGCCCAAUAUCAGAAUCAUACCACCUUCCGGGUUUCAACAAUGUUAUCAACGGGCACCACAAGGUUAACAUGACGAACCCUAACCACCUGCCAGUAAAUUUGGACCCAAGUAUCCAGAUAAUGCAAGAUGCAAGUCCUGGUUCUUCUGACGUUGAUUUUCCUCAGUUUCAAUCUAACACGAUAAACUCGGGUAACACAACACCUUUGACUUCCAUGUUACCGCCUAAUAUGAACGCCAAUACAUGUCAUAACAUACAAAACUUGCAGCAAAGCAAUGUCGCGUCACCAACUAAUGCUCAUCGUACUGUUGAAAUGAUGCAAUGUCAAGACUCGCAAGAAAUUCAGAGACCAUUGUCAAAUCAUUUCGUGCACGCCAUAGGCAGGGGUCGUGGAAGAUUCACAAAGAGAGAGUCACAGUAGACUUGAAAUAGCGUAAGCACAGACGUUCUUUUUAAGAGGAGAAACAAAUUUUUUUUUUUCGCACCUACGUUACGUUCGCAAAAUUGCAUUUAUUUGAGAAAAAAAAAGCCCUGACAUGAACGAAAAAAGAUAUUCUAAUCUGUACAAAACUGUCAAUUUUCAAGUUCCUAUAGCUAUUUCUAUUCAGUGUAGUUUUACACCAAUGUUGCCAUUGUUUUUUGUUUCCUUAAAAUAUUGUCUAGGUCAAGCGACUGCUGACUAUAAAGUUUUUUUUUAAUAUUUUUAUCAUUCGUUUUUAAUUGUUUAUUCUUGUUACCUACCCAAUGAUUCUACCGCCAAAGUUAUAAUUGUUCAGUAUUUGACUAAGUCGUGAUAAAAAUAUAUCGAAAAUAUAUAUUUGUAUUAAUCGUAAAGUAAAUCCAGUUAAUUGUUUUUUUUUUCUUGCAACAACAUAGCAUUA